UGAUGGUUUGCUUAUUAGAUAUAAAAUAAUUAAUAAUUGGGAAUUUAAUUAUUUUUAUGAUCGAACAAUCACCAGUAGUCGUCGAACAAACGAUAAUUGAUCAAAAUUAAUUAAUCUGAGCGAUAAAAAUAAAGAUAUCUAGUAAGGGGGGCCAACUUAAGGGUGACCAUUUGUUUAAUUAAUUAUAAAUAAAUAAAAGACGAACAAACGAUUUUUACAUUCGAACAUUAACGAACAAACGACGAACAAACAAUUAAAAAUAAAAAAAAUCCGAAAAUCGAAAAAAGUGGGGCCAAAUUCAGUGAGCCGGCGUCAAGCGUCGUCGUGAAAUCGCACCUUUAUAAACGCCUUAAGAUAGCAAUCUAAUUUGCGCGCUAUUCUAUACUCUAUGAUAAGCCAAACAACAUUACUAACCUCAUUUCAUAAAUUUCAUUUAUUUGUUAACUAUCUGAUUGUUAUUCCAGAGUGUAUUUUAACUUCUAACUAAAAAUAGUAUAAGAUACGAUUUCACUAAAAUUUCACAUUAUUUCGUGGAAAAAUUUAUAUAUAACUUUAAAGAAAAAAAAAAAAAAUUCAGAAAUUUCUUGAGUUCUGCUAUCUGUCAAAACAAAACUGAAAAUGAUCCACGAAAACGAUCAUACAAAUGAAGAAUGUGAAUAUGUUUUGGCUCAAUUAUGUUAUCUACGAGAACGAUACCCGAUAAAAUGUUCCAAUAAUUUUGAAGAAUGUUUAUUGAUAAAAAAUCGUAUAUCUAUGACACCAUUACAUUCACCAAUCAGGAAAACAACUCGAUGUGCAUCGUUAGCAGAACAACAUGCAAUGCUAUUAGAAAAGAUUCCUUCGACACAUAAAGAGAAUAAAAAAAUAAUUAAUGCAAAAGCAUUAAAUUUGAAAAUCGACAAUUUAAUAGUAUUAAUAAACCAAAUGCAAACUUUAAAACCAAAAUGAUAUUUUAUUUAUUAUGUUUUAUUGUAAAUAAGUUGAAAAUUUUAAUUUGAUAAAAAAUUCGAUAAAAACCGGAUAUAGGUAUAUUUGAUGCGUUGAAAUCCAAUUUUUAUACAUGUAAAAUAUUGCUUGUCGAGUUCAAAGGCCACUUUUAUGAAGUAGUAAAUAUUUUAAAUGUAGCGAAAUUUUGACAAAAAUAAAUAAAUUGAUUAUACUUAUA